UGUCAGAUAACCUAUAAAAGUUGUUGUGAAUGUCAGAAAGAAUUGUUGAAGAAAAUGAACGUGACAGAAGCAAAUCCAAGCAAAUUACGCUCACGAGCAUGCGCAGAACGAUUCUCGACACCGAAUUUCGUGUCGAGUUUAUUCACGCGGAUAAUUUCGUCUUUUCAUCUCGUGAGAUUCACGGUAAUAGGGUUUUCGUUGUUGGGGUUAUUCCGGAAGCACUUAGCUGCUGCUCCGCGAGAGACAACCAGUUUGGUGCACUCAUAGUUCCACCACAGCGCUGCAGGAGGUCAACUUUCGGGUGUGGAAGACCUCUUGGAACCUUUCGCCCGUGCUGCCAGAAGGAAGUCAUAUAUAGAAUUAAGAAACGAAUUAUAUACGAUAUCGACAUUUUCUUCUUUGAUAAGAGUAGUGAGGAGUGUGACUUAAUGAAAUUCCCAAAGGACAUUCACUCCACGUUGCUGAGAAAAAGUUUUUCCCUGCACUGGAAUUUAAUUUCCUCCAGUCGUAAAUGA